AUGUCUAUUUCUGAUCAUGCAUCACAUUAUCCAAAACGUUGUCAAUAUUUAAAUGCAAAUAAUCGAAACAACAGCAGUGAAUCAAAUGCAAAUACUAAAAAUUCGAAUGAGUGGGCAUGGGAAGAAGGUGUCUCUUAUCAGGAUCAAGGAGCUGUUCGUCAUUUGUAUUUAGUUCGACAUGGACAAUAUCAACGUUUAACAACCCAAGGCGAUGGUAAUCUAACAGAAAAAGGACAACAACAAGCUGUUUUUGCAGCCAAUUAUUUAGCAACGGAAUUACCUGAAGAUGUUCUAUUUGACUCACUGACACAUUCAGAUAUGAUUAGAACAAGAGAAACAGCAGUACACAUUUAUAAACGUUUAAAAAUAUUGAAAAAAAUUGAUUUAGAAUAUAUUGCAAUUGAUACUGAUUGGCGUGAACAAAAUUGGUUCUUGGGAUUUAUUCUAAAUGGCAACUGGCGUUCAUUAAAACGUGAUUAUUUCCGUUCAACAACGGAAACGAUCAAUAAUCAUAUACCAACAUUCGAAAUUGUUGUUGCGCAUCGAAAUAUUAUUGCUCAUGUUAUUGAAUUGAUUACAAUGAUUCAACCAGACAAAAAUAUUGCAUUUAAUGCUUCGAUUACGCACGUAAUUGUUGAUGAAAAAGGAGCAAAUAUUGACUAUGCAUACAAACAUACACAUAUACCAUUAGAUAUGUUAACAAUGUGGGAAAUAUUUUUACCAAAUGGAGAAUCAAAAGCGAAAGAACCUAUUAAAAAACAUACAGAAGUGACAGGAGUUAAAGGCAUACAAAGAAGAGGAUGUUACAUUCGACUGCUUGUCUCAUGUUUGCGAUAA